AUGGACGCCUUCAUAGGCUCGCUCCCGUCCUUCACUACCACGCCUGAUGACACCACAUCACAGAACCGAGAGGCACACCAGCUGCCACAUCUAAGGAUUGCUCCCCUCCGCGAUCCUAUUCCACCACAGUCACGGAAACCCCCGUCCCCCCUCGAACCCAAUGCCGGAGCUAUCAGGGAGCCCAAGUAUGCCUCCAAGCCGGCUCCUGCAACCGCGAGUCAACCUACAGAGCUCCCCACGGUAGCGGGGUUCCUCAACGUCACAGCACCUACAGACAAGCCAACGGGUCUCGCGCCGUCAGCAGCACCUAUAGACCCGGUAUCAAACCCAGAUAAUCUGCCUAAGACGGUACUGCCUGCGUUUAUCAAUUUACGGGCAGUGGAAAAGCUACCGUACUCCUCGUUUGAUGAGGAGGUGUUGCCCCGAAAACGUCGUCGAGUGGAGCAGUAUGGUGAUACAUUCGGAGACCAUCUACAGCUUCCAAUACCGAAAAAUCAGAAAGAGUUGCCUAAACAACCUCCUCCGUUUGGGCCGCUGACAAUACUGAAUGGGCUAAACGAACCACCUCCAAAUGCUGCCUUGUUCCCACCCAUCGAACCUAAUGGAUCUCCAAACAUUUUGGCAUGCUCCAUCCAAGAGGCCCCGAGUAUAACUAAAGACCAGUCUAGCAGAAAGGGAGAGAGACCAGCCAAGAAGAACGUGGGAAUAACCGAGCCCACUAGCGCAGAUACGGAAAACGUUACUGGCAUAUCAAGCGCUGGGCAGACCCAGGUUUCCGCGAUAGAUGGAAUUGCCCAAGCUGACACACAGUACUCUGUCGAGGGAAUAGAUGGGGAGGAUACUCAGAGGUAUAACAAUGGAGCUGCACCCAAAUCGCAGCCAAGGAAGAAAGCACGAAAGUGGACGGACGAAGAAACUCACGAUUUACUACGGGGAGUUGUGAGAUGCGGAGUGGGUAAUUGGACCUCUAUACUUGCACAACCCGAUUUAAGCUUUAACGAAAGGUCGGCGGCGAAUCUGAAGGACAGGUUUCGUGUCUGCUGCUCGUGGGCCUAUGAACCUGAUGGAAAACCUCGUCCAGAAGGCGUUUCAACCACGAUUGCGGGUGGUGUGAAUAAUCCUCAGUCCGGGAAAAUAUUCCUACCAGACCCCAGGAAAACUAAAGGUGCUGCCGAAUCAAGCGCUCUUCCUAACACCACUACUACGUUGCAAAGUAUUGCCGCAAAUAUCCCGCCUGUCUCAUCCACCCCUGUACCUGCUUCUACACUCAUACUAGGCACUGAAAACACCUCUACCCCAGAAAAAUCCUUGAUAACACAGAAGCCUCGCCGCAGAGUAUCCCCUUCGGCCAAGGGAGCUGAAACUCUCUCUGAUAAAACAAAAUCUACGUUAAUUGCACUUGGUCUACCUGAUCCGGACACCACGGUCAAAGCGAAUAGACGUUCUCGACGUCCAUUCACACAGGCGGAAGACGAAGCACUGUUGAAAGGCUAUGCAGUGCAUGGUUUCCAGUGGACGCUCAUACGGCAAGACAAACACCUGAAUUUAAUGCAUCGAAAGGCCACAGAUCUCAGGGAUCGUUUCAGAACGAAAUUCCCCAACGCAUAUAGGGAAGGAGGGUCAGCAACAGCGAAAAAUAUACCUGCCACUCUUAACAAUGGGGCUACAGCAGCUAUUGGAGCUGAUGUUGUCGCUGAAGAAAAACCGUUCCCGACUCUAGCAACGCCAAUUGUUACUAUGGGGAAGGAACGUCGCCAAUCAUUGAAUCCAAUUUCUACAGUCGAAGACCCCCAAUACGGAAAGGGGACCCUUAGGCGGCCAAGUAACAGCGGUAUCAAUAUGAUUGCAGCUGGCGACCAGAAUUCAAAGUCUAAUCCAUCAUCUCUUCUAGCCAACGAUGCCUUAUUACUUAGUACAGCUGCCGGUGCUGCACCAAUUGACCCUGCUAUGCUUCCUCCAGCACCGCCACUGAGCUCUGCGUUUGCAUUCACAACAAUGGAUGAUAGCGCUGGCGCUGUUAACGGAGAGACUGCCUUGGGGCGAUGGCAUGAUAUUACGUUGCCACCGUUGGUGUGGGAGGAGUUAGGAUAA